AUUAGCAAAUUUAGUUUUACUUAAAUGUCUAAAAUCACAACACAAAACAAAAAUAGAAAAAAAAUAAAGCGUCUAGAAUCACUCCACUCUAGCAGAUAUCUUUACUGCCGUAUUAAAGGAAUUUUUCUUAACACUUUCGAAUCAACGCAAAGGAAAGUGAAGAGCAGCCAUAUGGAUCAUAGAGUAAAUGAUGAACUGAUACACUUGCAGCUGCCCGAGGUUCAAGCUGCCGACGUUGUCAAUGGACGAAACGGUGACGGUGACGGCGAUGGUGAUGGCGACGGCGACGGCGAGAAUGCAUGGCAAAGGCAACUGGAUGAUGUGCAGAUGCAAGCGAUGCGUCUGGAGAAUCCCCAAGUGGCCAUGUUGCUAGAUGCCCCGCACGAGCCGCCCAUUGAAUUGCACCACAUGCUGGAGCCGGUGAACGUGCCCCAACGGCCGCGCAAGAAACGGAGCUUUUUGACUAUCUCAAAGCCCUUUCAUGUGCAGCCGGAGAGGUGCGCUCUCAUUUCGAAUGGCUGGAGAGCAGUGCAGUGUGUCCAGCCGGAGAAACGCGGCGAAUACUUUGCCAACUAUUUGAUCAAACAUAUGAACAGUCGAAACUAUCCAAAUGGCGAAGGCUUGCCCAACCGCUGGGGUCAGUUCUAAGUUCGGCUUGGCCUUCAAUAGUUUCCUACGAGACACUGAUGAAAGGUUAAGCGUCAAUAAACCAAUAAAAGCUAAUCUAAUACAA